AUGGAGGCCUGCCUGCCGGGUCAAAGCAAUCGUGUUCUCGGAAUCGGUACCUACACCACAGUAGAAAUAGAUCUACUGUGCCUACACUGCAUCCUGGAUGGUAUGAUGACUCACUCGCACAUCGAACCUCUGAAAAAAGGAAUUCGACACCAUAGAAAAGAAAAGAAAAGACAAUUGAAGUUUCCCGCAAUCCCUGUACCAACAGUAAAAGAAGAAGACAAAGAAUUGAGAGCUGAAUCAGAAGAUAAAGAACUAUCAUCACUAUCCUCGAGUUCUGAAGAUGAUGAUGAAGCAACAGACGAAACCGUUGAAAGAAACUCCAUAGAUAUCUCACCAGAAAGAAAGAAAGGAUACAAUACUAUGAGAUAUAUAACACUAUAUCCUGAAGAAAUUACAGAUGUCCCGAGAAACAAUGACAAAGAUACAAAUGUCGUUCAUCGAUCAGGCAGAGCCACCACACCAAGACAACACAGAUUCCUAACCAUGUGGGUGGAAGAAUCAACAGGAGGAAUUCCGCAAUACAUACUGAAUAAAUACAAGGCCACAUCGCUGAAACCACGCAAGCGAAAUCAUAAGAAAGCACACACAAAGAAGGAGAAGAAACAUAAGAAAAAGCACACGAAAACUAAAGACAAACAUCAUAAAAAAGAUGAAAGUAGAGAAAGUACAAAGAAGAAACAUGGACAGAAAUAUAAAACACAUCAUAAUACAAGAUAUACAAAGAAAUAUGUAACAAAACACACAACUACAUACAAACCUAGCCGUGAACAUCAUUAUACUUCCAAGAAACAUAAAAGUAAACCAAGUUAUGAGAAACUGAAACAUAGCAACAGUAAGAAGAUACAAAAACUGCAAGAGAUCAAAGAGGAUCCUCCAGGAUUGUCUACAAAAAAAAUUAACAACAUAUUCGGACCUGUGAGAUUGGAUGUUAAUCGGAACCUACUCCUAAACAAAAUAACAGCAAGAACAACUUCGACAUCGUCUCGACAACCACCCAUUUUGCGGACAACACCCUCUUCACUAAACUCUGUAAUAGAGAAGAAUACAGAUGAAAUCCAACAAUUGAAUAAAUCUCUCUCACCUUCCAAUUCAACCAUUACGCCAGGUGUAGGUCUGUCAAUCCCAGCAUCAUUAUCUCUCAUUGCCGAAAGAUUCAAUAUAUUAAAUAGGCCUCUAAAGUGGGAUAUGCGGAGAAACGCCGAACACCAUCCACGGUCUGACGAAGGACUAUCAAUUGAAAAUUUUGACAAAAAAAAGCAAGCGAGCUCAAGCAAGGAAGACCCGUUUGUGAUGAAGCGUUUGCAUCGAUUAGAAAAGGAGCUAAAAGAAGUAAAAAAUAGAAUAAAUACUGCCACAAAAAGGACGAAGAAAAGAGAAUUAGGUAAAAGAAGUAAAGAGAACAUAGAGAGAGCAGACAAACACAGAGAAAAUGAUACAGAUAGUUACGACAUAAGAAGUGUAGAACAUGAUAGAAGAAAACAUCAUAAAACUACAGAACUAACUACAACACGAAAUAAUAUCAGGAAUGAACAGCCGAAACAUGCAAGCACUGUCAAAAAACCAGAAUAUCAAAUCGAAUACAAAAUCGUCAAAGAAAAAGGCUCCGGUUUUAAAGAAAUUAUACUAAAUCAUAGAUCUAAAGUAAGUGACAAAAUAAUACCAAUUGAAAAUCACGAAAAAGAGGUGAAGACACCAAGCGAUGAAAGACAGGCGAAGUCACACAACAACCCGAUACUAAUUGAAUUUUCGACAAAACUAUUUCCAGUUAUGACCACAAAAAAAUCUACAACUACUGUAAAAACUACUGAAGUAGACUCUACAACGGCUACACACUUUACAGGCAAAGCUUUAAGAGAUGUUACCACUACAAAUAAUCACGAUAUUAAAACCACCACAGUAGCUUCUGUUACAAGUGUUGCUACUGUAAGUACAGAUAAAACUACCAUUGUUCAAAGUAAAUUUAAAUCAAUUGAUAUUGUUCCGAGUGAUUUCAAAGUGCCUGACAAACAUGUAGCGGCAGAUCUCAAUGUAAAGGUUACAACUAAAACAGUUAAACAACAAACUACUGAAAAUAGAGGAAAAGAUGCGAUUGUGAUGUUCAAAGGAGUAAUAGAAAAAUCCGGCAAAAGUGUCGCUCAAAAUGAAGUUUAA